AUGGACGCUCUCUCGCCACGAUCAACAAAUCAGAUGAUUAAGCCCAAAGUCGUUAUGGACCAGAAAAUCGUGAACAAACCCGCCGCCGCUGCCGGUCAGAAGGCCUCCUCCAAAAACCAUGCCGACCCGCCACCGCCACUAGUCCCAGAACCGGCAGAUGGUGGAGAGCGAUAUGCCAUUGGCGCAUUCUUGGGGAAAGGAGGAUUUGCCGUAUGUUACGAAGGAACACUAGCACGGAAUGGUCGUGUGUAUGCGAUGAAAGUCGUGAAGUCUCAGAUGCCGCAAAAGAAAAUGGAAGAAAAGUUCCGCACCGAGUUACAAAUUCAUUCCAAAAUGCGUCACCCAUUUAUUGUUCAAUUCUACAGGGCCUUUGCAUUCGAGCAAAGUACAUAUGUGGUACUGGAGUUAUGUCCAAAUGGGUCAGUGAUGGAUAUGGUACGCAAACGACGAUACCUAACAUUGCCCGAAGUGAGACGGUUCAUGAUUCAACUUUGCGCCGCCAUGAAGUAUCUACACAAGAGAUUUGUUGCGCAUCGUGAUUUGAAGAUGGGCAAUCUCUUUCUCGACCACAAUAUGAACAUUAAGGUCGGAGACUUCGGCCUUGCUGCCAUGAUUCUCUCAGAUAAGGAUGCGAAAAGGCGAAACACGUUGUGUGGAACACCAAAUUACAUUGCACCAGAGGUCCUGGACAAGAGCAAGGGUGGUCACACGCAGAAGGUGGACAUCUGGUCCCUUGGUGUUAUCUGCUUUGCCAUGUUGACUGGAUACCCACCGUUUCAAUCCAAAACACAAGAGGAGAUCUACAAGAAAGUUCGCAAUCUAGCCUAUGUGUGGCCGAAAGACUCAGAGAACAACAACCACAUUCCCGAACAGGCAAAGGAUUUGGUCAGCGCCUGCUUGAACCUCGUCGAUGAGGAACGUCCAGACCCAGAUGACAUUGUUGAGCACCCAUUUUUCAACAUGUACGACGGCUGCAUUCCCCGCCAAUUGGAUCCCGCCUGUCGAUUCAACAAGCCAAUUUGGUUAAAGGAACAGGCUCCGCGAGGUGACGUAAUGAUCAGUGGUUAUGGUUUAGACUCCGAUGAGAUACUGCGUGGGUAUGUAUACCAGGUGGACGAUCCGAGCCAACGCUACCACUCCUGCAAAGCAGCCUUCUACUCCCUCUGCGGUGUUGGACGGAAACCAGAUGGAACUGCUCGCAAGUCUGUAGGACGAAACUGUGCGAAAUCGGCCUACUCUGAGUGCGAGACCGAAGAUGCCAGAGGCCUCCGUCCUACGGUCCCUCUUCCCAUGGAUUUCGUAUAUCAAUGGCCACAUGACUUCGAGGGUGAUUGGUGUCUGAUGGAGACAUCCCGGAAAACGAUCCCCACCGUGGACGGUGCUUCAGACAGUAGUAUCUUAUCGCGCCGAGCUGUAUCGGUUCGCACCAAUACAGCGGCUACCACCCGAACAAAUGCGGCUCUUGCUGCUGCUCAGCAACGCAGAAUGGAAACCCAGAAUCACGCUGCGACACUUCGACAGCAGGGUCGACCUGGCGUGAUAUCUCCUCGCAAAGCCCCGGCAAUGAGCGAGAGCGAGUCAGCGAGAUCUUAUAAGGAGGCUAAAGAGCCCCAACCCGCACCACCCUCGAUUCCCGAUGUACCUUCAGGUGGCCUCGCAGAGCGCCCCAUCCGAACUCGACGCAUGGCAUCUGCCUCUCAAGCGCCGACCCGAGAGAUUGAACGGCCGCAGUUAGCCAAAUCUACGAGCAUGCCAUUUGGCCUGACUAUUGGCAAGACUCGGUCUCAAUCUCGAAAGUUGGAGGCUGCUUGUCAAGUGCCAUCCAUGCCGCCUCUCGAACCCAGGCUGGCAAGACCAGAUGAGGGCAGAUUGCUUAGCCGACAAACAUCCUUGCGAUCAGCAUCUCGACCCGAUUUGAAGAUUGCGCCUGACAGAACAGAGCGACCGAAGAUCAUUAGUCCUACCGAAUCGGUAUUCACUUCCAGCACGCAGUCCAAGCCCGUGUCCACAUCUCACGGAAUCGGUCGGACCAACAGCAAGGGAAGCUCUUCAACCAAGGCUCGGUCUAGUCUUGGACUUAGUCCUCUCUUCCACCAGGAAGAUGUUUGCGAGGUUUUGCCUGGCACCUCUUUGAGUGAAGUCAACACAGAUUUGCGUCUUAUGCUGUCGAACCUUGUUAGCCAAUCCACUCGCCGGCGGACUGGUCCUCGAAAGCAGCCCCACGCAUAUGUGAUAAAGUGGGUUGACUACACCAACCGCUAUGGUAUUGGAUAUGUGUUAGAUGAUGGUAGUGUUGGGUGUGUUUUCAAGGGUGAAAAUGGCCAGCCAGCUUCCAGUGUCAUUGUACGAGAUGGCGAAAGACACAUUCGCCGCAAGGCACGCAGUGUCGACAGUGGCGAGGAGAAGGGUAUUCCGUAUUCUGAAGCUGAAUACCUGGUUCCUCGUAACGGAAGCCCGGUCGAGUUUUACGAGAACCGUGAUGACGAUCUGCUUGGUUGUCGUGGAAUCCGGCGAGGAUUCAUCUCUCCAUCUUUGUUUGACGCCAGAACGUCGAGAGUAAUGAGACUACGCGUCAAUGCGGGGAAUGAAGCUGACAAGUCGGAUAUGGAGAAGGUCAAGCGAGUAAAGCUGGUUGACCAGUUUGGAAAGUAUAUGAUUGGAUCCUUGGGUCGCCACGGUGAUGAAGGCACUGAUCAUGUCGCCAGCCACACCAGUGGUCAAUUCAUCAAGUUCUACCAGCGGCUGGGAAACGUUGGUAUCUGGGGAUUUGGUGAUGGCGCUUUCCAGUUCAACUUCCCCGAUCAUACCAAGCUUGUCAUUUCCCCGGGUCGGACCCGUAGCUCCUCGCCAUGGAUCGACUUCUACCAUCUUUCACCCUCUGCGGCACGAUAUUUCUCUGCAAAGGGGAAGAUGCAUCCAUCUGGAUUUGAUACCCGUGCUGUCGCAUCGGAUGAAGCGGCGACGUUCCUGAGCAUCGUCAACGGAGAAUCUCUCAACUCUAUCGAAGACCGCAUUCGUGAGAUCUUGGAUGCCAACUCCUUCCUUCAAAAAGUCACCUUCAUUAAGGAUGUCUUGAAAGUCUGGAUUAAGCAUGGACGCCUCGGCGGUCGUCCGAUGUCCAGAUCAGCUCCAGGUGAUGUGCCUCCAGAGAUGUUCUGGCAGGGCACUCAAGAACGAUCGCAAAGUGGAAGCGCUGGGACCAAAUUUGUCUGGGUUACCGUUGGAGCCCCCGAUGGCGAUGGGGAGUAUCGUUCGGUGGUGCUCAAGGAGGGUGACAAAGAGAAGGAGAAGCGGGCGGCUAUGGAUGUAGACAAGGAAGUGGAUAUGUUGAAGGAACGACUCCGCGCUAUGGGUCGUUGA